AUGAAGGCGGGUACUCUCCGGGGAACCAUGCCCCCCUCCGGCACGUUUGUUACAGCUGCUUCAUCAUCCGAAGCAUCCUCCAUGGCAUCUCGAACCACCAAACGUUCGGCUUCUAUUUUGCUGUUGACACCAGCAUUUGCAAGGCUUAUUUUGCAACUUAAUCUUCAGCCUCCUGAAUUUGUUACUGGUACUUAUUAUUUUGAGUUGAGGGCGUUAUCUCUUACGCAACAGUUGGGGUACUACAAGGAGUACCAGAGUAAGGUGACAAAAUUGGUGGGGAUUGAGAAAGCAAAAGGGAUGUUCUCAGCUGGAAUUCAUCUUCUUAGUGUUGGAAAUAGUGAUUAUCUUCAUAAUUACUACAUCAAUUCUCAUAUCUACAGACAGUAUGCACCUGAUUAG